GUUUAUGGUGAUAGGUGGGAUGGGCUGAGAGAGGUGGGAUUAAACAGCUGAUGUCUAUGGUGAUAGGUGGGAUUAAACAGCUGAGGUCUAUGGUGAUAGGUGGGAUUAAACAGCUGAUGUCUAUGGUGAUAGGUGGGAUUAAACAGCUGAUGUCUAUGGUGAUAGGUGGGAUUAAACAGCUGAGGUCUAUGGUGAUAGGUGGGAUUAAACAGCUGAGGUCUAUGGUGAUAGGUGGGAUUAAACAGCUGAGGUCUAUGGUGAUAGGUGGGAUUAAACAGCUGAGGUCUAUGGUGAUAGGUGGGAUUAAACAGCUGAGGUCUAUGGUGAUAGGUGGGAUUAAACAGCUGAGGUCUAUGGUGAUAGGUGGGAUUAAACAGCUGAGGUCUAUGGUGAUAGGUGGGAUUAAACAGCUGAGGUCUAUGGUGAUAGGUGGGAUUAAACAGCUGAGGUCUAUGGUGAUAGGUGGGAUUAAACAGCUGAGGUCUAUGGUGAUAGGUGGGAUUAAACAGCUGAGGUCUAUGGUGAUAGGUGGGAUUAAACAGCUGAGGUCUAUGGUGAUAGGUGGGAUUAAACAGCUGAGGUCUAUGGUGAUAGGUGGGAUUAAACAGCUGAUGUCUAUGGUGAUAGGUGGGAUUAAACAGCUGAGGUCUAUGGUGAUAGGUGGGAUUAAACAGCUGAUGUCUAUGGUGAUAGGUGGGAUUAAACAGCUGAUGUCUAUGGUGAUAGGUGGGAUUAAACAGCUGAGGUCUAUGGUGAUAGGUGGGAUUAAACAGCUGAUGUCUAUGGUGAUAGGUGGGAUUAAACAGCUGAUGUCUAUGGUGAUAGGUGGGAUUAAACAGCUGAUGUCUAUGGUGAUAGGUGGGAUUAAACAGUUGAUGUUUGGUAAUGUAUUAGUGUUAUGUGACUGCUUUAUACAAAACAUGUCAAAUAUGCAUUUAAAAGGUCAAAUGUAAAAUAUCUGUACAGUACCAGUCUAAAGUUUGGAUACAACUUCUCAAUCCAGGUUUUUUCUUAAUGUUGUACUAUUUUCUGUUUUCUGUAUAAUAAUAGUGAAGAUGUUUGAAGACUUUUAUGUUUUUCUUAAUGUUGUACUAUUUUCUACAUUGUAUAAUAAUAGUGAAGAUGUUGGGAGACUUUUAUGUUUUUCUUAAUGUUGUACUAUUUUCUACAUUGUAUAAUAAUAGUGAAGAUGUUGGGAGACUUUUAUGUUUUUCUUUUCCUGUUGAUAAUGAAUGUGUUAUUUAUUAUCAAACUGUAUUUCUUAACAGUUUUUUUCUUUUCUAAGGGUAUUCACUUACAAUUUGACAUGGAUACUGUACCUGUAACCAAAACAAAUUAUAAAACAAAUGAAGGAUUUAACCGACUGGCACCCGGGCUAGCAGGACAACCUCUCACCUAUAAAAGAUCGUUACUUAAGAUAUUAUUUCUGGUUUACAGUUUUUAAUUCAGUCAUGCUUCUUUGUAUUGCCCCCUUAUGGAAACAAGGCCCCUUCAUUACAGACGUAGAGGCUCAACUGGUUUUCAUUUAGAGACUGAAACCGUGACGUGAGAGUUUGGAUUCAGGCUAGUAAUUUUUGCUCUGUUGUGACAGAAACCUAUAAGUCUUCAACACGGUAAUUUGUAAAAAGGACACAGAGAUAGGGGCCUACCUGAACAACGAGCAAGCAAUCGUUGUUACCUGUCUGUGUCAUCGAAACCAGUUCCACACUGUUGCUCCUCUUUCUUUCUGCCAGCUACUUAAAGCUGUUCUCGCCUCUCAUACACUUGGAGACGAAAUAUUGACUUUCCAUUGCAGCCAGCAAAUGUUAAAAGAAUAUAUUAAUUAGGAAGAAAAUCAAACUACAAAUGCAUGGAUACUGGAGUGUUUUUGUCUACAGUUAUUUUUUGAAAUGUGUCCUAUUUAAUGCAAGGCCCUCAUGCACUGUGUUGACAUUAUGGAUUUCCCCCACUCAUAUUUAUAUAAAUAAAUGUUGCCCAGAAAGAA